AGUUGGGAAAAUGGCAACAAGCUGAACAUGUGCUAGCGGUGAUGGGAAGUGCGACUGUUCCACCCAACACGGUGCACCUGAAUGGCUGCCUGGACGCUUGCAGCAAAGCUGAUGCUUGGGAGGAAGCACUGGCACUCUUCGGCAGCUUGGAGGUGUAUCCAGAUUUAACCAGCUGGAACUCCUGCAUAGCUGCAUGUGAUUGGAAGAUUGGCACCCAACUUCUGGCAGAUAUGCAGGAGCAGAAGGUCCAGGCCAACAUCAUCACCUUCAAUAGCCUCAUGCGGGCCUCGGCCAAGGCUGCACAUUGGCAAGCAGCUUUAGCGUGCCUUUCAGCUGUCGUUUCUCAGGAUCUGGAGCCGGAUAUCAUCAGCUUCAACACCUGUAUCAAUGCGUGCGAGAAGAGUGAUGUCUGGGAGACCGCUCUGCAUCUCUUCGCACACCAGCAACAGCAGGGCUUUGUGAGUGCAACAACCGCAAGCUUCAACUCAUGUAUCGCGGCCUGUGGGAAAGGUGAGCAGUGGCAGCUUGCUCUGAGCCUCCUGGAUUCAAUGACAGAUUCGGCGAUGAGAAAAAGUAUCCUCAGCUACAUGGCAGCCAUGUCUUGUUGUGAAGGCGCCCAGUGGCCCCGCGCCUUGCACCUCUUUUGGACCAUGGACGCGGAUGGCAUCAGCCCAGAUGUGGCCGCAUUCAAUGCGUGCAUGAGUGCUACGGGGCAAUGGACCGUGGCGGAGGAGUUGUUGAAGAGCAUGGACGCCAGGAGACUUCGUCGCACAGCUGUGACAUACGUUGCGCUGAUCAACUGCUGCGGGAAGGGCGGUGAGUGGCAGCGGGCCUUGGAAGUUUGGCAUCAGAUGGAGGAGGAGUAUGGUCCAGAUCUCUUGGCGACCAGUGCCUACAUGAGUGCCUGCAGGAAACAGGGCGCCUGGCAAAGUGCGCUGGACGUUUUUUGGAGGUCAAGCCGUGCGAGGGUCCAACACAACCAGAUCAGUUUCAACUCCAUCAUCUCCACCCUGGGUGCGUCAGAGUCCCCGGCCUUGGCUUUGCAGCUCCUUUCAGAGAUGUGGCGACAGCAGGUCACUCCAAAUUGCGUGACCUACAGCUCUUGCGCAGCAACUUGCAGCUGGGAACAGUCCCUGGAACUCUGGGAAGAUGCUGCUGAGAAUCAGGUACAGAAAGAUGCCAUGGGCUACAGCAGCUGCAUCAAGAGCUUGAGCCAAGGCCUUCAGGGGUCCAGUUGUGUUCAGCUGCUGGAUGAAAUGCAGCAAAAGGAUCUUCAUGUCUCACACGCCACAUUCAAAGCCGCUGUGGCUGCGUUUCCGAGCAGCCAGGAUUGGGAAGUGGCUUCCUAUCUUCUCUGCCAGCUGGGGAGUGCUUCUGGCAUCUUCAGUGCUGCAGUGGCAGUUUGCGCAGCCAACCACUGGGAAAAAGCGGUGGAUCUCUUGGCCGGAAAGGGAAGGGAGCAAGUGGACAGCUUUGCCUGCAGCGCCAUGCUGAGUGCAUGCGAGCGGGUGCGGGCGUGGGCCCCUGCGCUGCAGCUGCUGCACGAUAUGUCCCGUUGGCACCUUCCGGUGCCGGAUCUCUGUCGCACCAGCGUGAUGAGUGCAGCGGUGAAGAGCCACCACUGGGAAUUGGCGCUCUGUCUCUUCGAGCCAAUGCGCAGCAACGUGGUGGCGCAGUGUUUGCUGCUGGACUGCUGUGCUGUGGCGGGCCGCUGGGCGGAUGCCCUCAGCAUUUUCGAGCACUUGGAGCCCUCCAAGGCUGAUGCUAGCUGCUUGGGCGCAGUGCUCAAAGCAUGCGAGGGCGCUGGGCGCUGGCAGGAGGUGUUGCUUUUGUGGCCCUUGCUUCAAGAACUUCAAUGGCAGGAGCACCAGAGCGCCAGCUGCCACUUCCGGGUGACUUCCAAUGGCCCCUCCGAGGUGACGUCCCAUUUGGUCCGCGCCUUGGAGCUGCAAUGGCUGCUGGGCUAUCCUUUGCUACCACCUGGUGAGGAGCAACUGACCCAUGGACUGUACAAGUACCUGGCCGGGAUGCAGGCCAUGACAGCAAGAGAGUUGCUGCGGCUGGUGCCGGAUGCAGAAAUGGUCCUUGAUCCCUUCUGUGGCUCUGGUACUGUGCUGAUUGAGGCGCAAGUGGCCGGCAAGUCCGCCAUUGGUUGUGAUCUUUCACCAUUGGCUGCCUUCGUGGCUGCACAGCAUGCAGAUGUGGAGGACAUCGACCUGACAGCCCUUCGCGGUGCCUGUGCCAAGAUCUCCGACUUCAGCGGCACCAACUGGAGCCUGCAGCAGUUCAAGACCCAUCUGCGGAGCUCCGUCCCCGACAAGGCCAUCCGUCGGGCCUUGAGAUUCGCCUGGCUGGUGGCCACGCAGUGGGAUGAGAGGCCUGGCCUGAAGCAUUUCACCGCUGCCUGCCAGCUGUUCACCACACGCCUUGCGCGGCUUCGAAACGCCUCGCGCUCGCGCGGCUGUGAGACCGGGACCUGCGCGCGGGUGCGGCAAGGUGACAAUCGAGAGCUGGUUUUGCAGCCCGUGGAUGCCAUCAUCACCAGCCCACCAUACCCUGGAGUCUAUAACUACAUGGCAGCCGUCGAGGAAGCUGCCAAAGACUUGGGUUUGAGGCCUGAAAACACGGCAGCUGCAUUGGAGAUAGGUCGCAGAGACGGGUGGCAACGGACAAGUGCAGAGGAGUUUGCUGCACAGUGGCAACUGGAGCAGGAACAGUGGCUGCACUGUGCGUUCCGCAAUCUGGCACCAGGAGGCACUGCGACCUUGAUGAUCGGCGAUGGGGACGAAGAUGAAGCAGGAGAUGGUGCCUUCGAUUGCCUAAGUUCCACGCUUUCCGCCGCCAGAAAGGUGGGCUUUCAGCUGGUGGCCAGGGCGACCAUUGCAUCAACACGUGACAAUCCCAGCGAACGCUUGCGGGGCAUGCGCCGCACCGAGCAUAUGGUGCACCUUCGCAAAGGGGAAACACCGGAGUUUUCGUCAGCAUUUUGCGCAGAUCACGCUGUGAAGACCCAAAAACAUCUGGAUCAGAAUUGGGCAUCCCUAAUGGCACUUUUUAGAGCACCCCAGCACCAGCUCUCAUUGCAGCCUAGACAGACACGCUUUCACAACGCUUGGCCGGGAGUCGCGGUGUGGGGCGGUUUCACCGCGUCGCAGCACGAGCCCAAAGGCGGGCAUUAUUCCACGCAAGCCCAUGAACACUCUCGUGGAAAGAUGUUCAGGUUGGAGCAUGCCCCUCAAGGGGUCGCCAAUGGCAUGCAGCUCUGUCAAGAAGUGGAAACCGAUUUGCGGGAGCUCAGCCAGGAAUGCCGCAAGAAGUACCCUUUGAUCAAGGAGUACACGGACCGGGCCAUCUUGAAGAUUCGCCACCACAAAGAGGAUUCCAAUGGGGGUGCUCCUUCUCACUUCCCGUUGGAGGAAAUCUUGCGUGCAAUCCUUAUGGCCUGUGAGACUUUUCACAACAAGAUCGUGUUGAUCUCGCUAUCAUGCCUUCAAAGGCUGAUUUUGCGAGAAGUUGUGAAAGAUGAGUCCGUGGCCAUUGUGGUGAACCUGAUGAAGGAGCAGGCGGCCAAUGGCGAUGAGACUGUGCAGGUGAAAGUCCUCCAGAUCGUCAUGGCAACACCGUCGCACAUCAAGCUCAUGAACGAGACCGUGGUGGAGCAAUUGAUGCAGCUGGGGCCCAAGACGUUGUUCUUCGAAGUUUGGCUUGCACUGGUUGUUGCAAGAGACCACUCAGAUCCACUCAGUACUACAGCUCUGGGGAGGGAUUCCUUCCAUGAGGAGGAUGUGGGACAUCUGGGCAAUGGAAUCGGUGGUGAUUCCUGUCCCACCAAAUCGCCAUGGCGUGCUGGCCUACGCCAGCUAGCAGAGCACCUGGCAGACCAGGCGCACCAUGCCGUGACGCAGGCGCAGCCAAGCCGAUUUCAUGGGGAUUUCACCAGCGAAGCUCCCAAAAAAUAG